AUGGGUAAAGUAACAAUUUCUAAAAAAGUUGAAAAACUUAGAAAUUUAAUGAAAGAAAAUUCAUUAAGUGCAUAUAUUGUACCAUCAGAAGAUGCACAUCAAAGUGAAUAUAUUUGUGUAAAAGAUAAAAGAAGAGAAUAUAUUAGUGGAUUCAGUGGCAGUGCUGGUUGUGUAGUUAUUACUGAACAACAACAAUUAUUGUGGACUGAUGGUCGUUAUUGGUUACAAGCUGAAAAAGAAUUAGAAUCAAAUUGGAAAGUUAUGAAGGACCGUGUUGCUGGUGAACCAACUAUUCAAGAUUAUUUAUCAUCUACAUUAAAAUCAGAAAGUUUAGUUGGUAUUGAUUCAAGAUUAAUUUCAAAAGGUUACUAUGACAGCAUGAAAUCAGUAUUAAAGAAUAAAUCAAUUGAUAUAAAGUUUGACAAUGAAAAUUUAGUCGAUAAGGUAAGAGAAUCAUUCAGAGGAGAAGAAGAAAUUCCAGAGUAUCCAAAAGAUGAAGUUUUCUUUUUAGAAGAAAAGUAUAGUGGUGUAUCAUCAAAGAAUAAACUUCAAGAUAUUAGAAAGGAGAUGGAAAAAUCAAAUGCAGACUAUAUGGUUGUAUCAGCUUUGGAUGAAAUUGCAUGGUUAUUAAAUUUAAGAGGUUCUGAUAUUUCAUUCAAUCCAGUUUUUCUCUCAUAUGUUAUUGUUGGUCGUCAAGAUAAUCAAUUGGCUUUAUUUGUUGAUUCAAGUAAAUUAAAUGAAAAGACCAAAUCACAUUUACCAAGUGGUAUCGAAAUACACCCAUACGACAAGGUAUUUGAAUACUUAAAAGAAAAACAACAAGGUAAAAAAGUUUGGGUAGAUCCACGUUCAAGCAUGGCUCUUUACAAUUGUGUGUCACAAGAAAGUCUCUUAGAAAAAGUUAAUCCAAUUCUUUUAAUGAAGGCAAUCAAAAAUGAAACUGAAAUUCAAGGUCUCAAGAAUGCUCAUAUUCGUGAUGCAGUUGCAUUAAUUCAAUAUUUAGCAUGGUUAGAGGAAGAAAUCGUUGAAAAAGGUGCCACCGAACACACAGAACAUACAGUUAGCGAAAAACUUGAACAAUUCCGUCGUCAACAAACUGAUUUUGUUAGUUUAAGCUUUGAUACCAUCUCAUCAAUCAAUGCCAAUGGUGCAAUCAUUCAUUAUAAGCCAAAUCCAGAAACAUGUGCCAAAAUUGUUAAAGGUAUGUACUUGGUAGAUAGUGGUGGUCAAUAUCUCGAUGGUACUACCGAUGUAACUCGUACUCUUCACUAUGGUACUCCAAGUCAACAUGAGAUUGAUUGCUACACUCGUGUACUUCGUGGUCAUAUUGGUUUAGGUUCUCUUAAAUUCCCAAACCGUGUUAAUGGUCGUGACAUUGAUUGCAUCGCUCGUACUCAUCUCUGGAAUGUUGGCUUAGAUUAUGCUCAUGGUACCGGCCAUGGUGUUGGCUCAUUCUUAAAUGUACACGAAGGUCCACAAGGUAUUAGUUAUCGUGCUAUUGCCAAUCCAACUAAUCUUCAAGCAGGUAUGACUCUCACAAAUGAACCAGGCUAUUAUGAAUCUGGUAACUUUGGUAUUCGUAUUGAAAAUGUUAUGGUAACUGCUCAAGCCACUACUCAGUUCAAUAAUGGUCAAUAUUUAUGUUUUGAUAGCAUCACUCUUGUUCCAUACGAUGCUAAAUUAAUUAACCUUAAAAUGUUAUCAAAUGAUGAAAUCAGUUUCAUAAAUAGCUAUUAUAAAGAAAUUGAACAAAAAGUUUUACCAGUCUUAGAAAAAACAAAUAAUCAAAAAGCAAUUAGCUGGUUAAAGAAAAAUAUUCAAUUACUUAAAAACCAUUUUUAG